UCUCCAUUAGUGCGACCGGCACUAUUCCCUACAAUUUUAAGGCUGACCCCGCAGAUGCCCAUGUCCGCAAGGCGCGAAUCGUCGUAUAACUACGUCUCCAUCCCCAGGUUGCUGACGACGAAGCGAGAGCACCUACAACUCGAGCGAAGUCCUGGGAGUUUACACUCCUCUAAUCCCUGAAACUAGACCAACCAGCCGUUCGCCAUGGCUCCUGGGGCUGAUGUCCCGCCGGGUCUCGCCGACGAUCUGAAAAGCGACACUCGCGAUGUGGCCGACCUGUGGAAAGAAGCGCUGAAAAGCUACAAGGGCAUCGUGGGGUUCGACCUGGAACAAAAGUUCGCAAAUGUCGACGCCAUGAUUGCCCAGGGUACCAAGGAGAUGAACAAUUUUCAUAAGUUCCGCCACAAUGAGAAGAAAGUCGACAAGCUGCGGACCCUGUUCUCCACAAACCUGGACUACCUCGAGAAGGGCGCUCAACAGCUCAUCUCGGCCGCCACUCCAGCCUUUCCUCCAGCUGCUGCUAUCGGCACGGCUGUCACAUACAUGCUCACCGCACGUGCCUGUCGACAAGUUUCGGCUGACUAUGACGUGGUGGUGGUCUUUUUCGAGGACAUGAACAGCUUCCUGCAGCGCAUUGUUAUUUUGGAGACAAGAUUGCCCAAGUACAAGGCCUAUGAGAACUGCUUGAUGGAUGUCUUCACGUCUUUUUUGAGCAUGUGCGGUUUUGCGCACAAGUACAUUGAGCUCGGUCGAUUCAAAAAAUGGAUCUCAAAUCUACUCGAGGGCGAGGAUAGCGAGCUGGGAGGCGCCAGAAAGAACAUGGAUCUAAAACUGUCUCGCCUCCAGAGCGCCACAGAAUUUGCCAUCCUCGGCAACACCGAAGAGCUCCAAACCAUGACCAGGGAGCUACAGGCCAACCAAAAGUCCCAUACCGCUAUGCUGGAGCAGCAAAUGGAGGUCAUGGGUUCAAUCCGAGACACGACCGAGACCAUCCGCAGCGACAUGGCGAAGCUGCUCAAAGCCUUCGAGGAGGAGAAGAAGACCAAGAACAAGGACCAACGGAGCAAGGUCUCAGCUGCCGACCAAAUCAAACCGGCCUCGGCGAAACGGAUCCGAAACGUCCUCAUGGAUGUGCCCGACGAAGACCACGAGUACCAUAUUCUGAAGGAGACGAUUGUAGCAGACACCUGCACCUGGGUUUUCUCCGAGCCCGAAUGGGAAGAAUGGUUUACCCAGGAGCCUGGGACGCAGCGCCUUCUGGCCAUCAUAGGCGAUCCGGGGUCGGGAAAGAGUCACGUCGGUGCGACAGUGUACGAGAGGUUGCUGAAAGAAGCGCAGAGCGAUACUUCGAAGCAGACGUGCGCAGCUCAUUUCUAUUUCCGAGAGCAAAGCAACAGCCUGUCGACAUUUCUCGCCGCCAUCAUCACCAUCAUCAACCAAGUGGUGGAACAGAGCUCACCGGUCUGCGAGCUCAUCAACGCCGAGUAUCUCAGGGACGAGGUCCUGAUCAAUCUCCAGAACUGGCAGGACCUGGUACAGAAGCUGCUCGCUCCCGCGUUCAACAAGGACUCGAAAAACAGACUCUUUAUUAUGCUGGACGGAUUGGACGAGCUGGAUUCCCUGUCGUCGUUCACCGAGUUCCUGCAGAUUCUGAAAAGCGACGACUUCAGGAUCUCAGUGGUUUGCACGGGCCGCAAGAAUGUUGUUCCCAAGAUCUCCGAUGUCACAUCGCUAUUGCAGAUUGAAGUAAAGAAGGAGAAGCAGCUUGAAGACCUCAAGGCGCUUGUCUGGAAUCGACUCAACACCCUCGAUGUGCUUCGGACGUUUAGCAGAUAUGUGAAACAGCGAGUUGCCGACAAGGUCGAGGAGGUGGCACCGAAUAUGCUCUAUGCUGAAAAUUUGCUGAUUCGAUUGGAUUCCCUCCGCCGCGAGGGUGCUGUGCUCAAAAGGCUAGACAAGCCGCUGCCGACAGAUCUUCAUGAACUCUACGAGGACUUGCUAGGCGAGUGCCAUCGCCGUACUGGGACCAGCCACCAGCAGCUUGUCACCAAACUCCUGCACUGGACUGCCUUUUCAUUCCGCCCCUUGCUGCUGAAUGAAGUGAGUUGCCUGCUGAGAUUCUGGAUCGGAGAUGAGAACUUCGAUCUGGAGGAGGUCCCCGAGGCUUUCGCAAAGUUUGUCCGCGUUGGUGAUCCAGGAGUCGAUGCCGAGGCCCGGGCAAUGCAGGCCUUGAAAAGCGAAUACACUGAUAUCCACGGCGUCGGAAAGAGCCAGGAUUCCAUGAACCCAAGCUUCAUUUACAACGACGGUGCGCUACCCGUCAAGUUCCUAGAGCGGUCCAUGAGGACCUUUUUCCGCGAGGAUUCCAAGCCUGACGGCAGCCUCCGUUGGAGCGUCUCAGAGGCCCACAGGCAGAUGUUCCUCGACGCUGCCAAGCUUGCGCGCCCAACGCCCCGGGGAACCAUGUACAUCGAAACCGGGCUCAAGGUAUACACGACUCAGUAUGUGCUUGAUCACUGGAGACUGGUCAAACUUGAACAGCACUCGCCCGGACAGCAAGCCGAGGUUAUGGAGGCUUUCGGAACGGUCUUGUCGAACAAGGAAGACUACGCCAUCAUGGUUGAAUGGAUCAUGUCCAGCUACCAGCAGGGAGAUUACAAAAGGACCUUCACCGACGCCACGUUUGAGAAGAUCUCUCAAUGGGCCAAGUUACUCGACACCGAUACUCGCCAGCAUCUCAGUGCCCCCAUAGUCGAGUGGUGGACUGGCCUUGCUGAAAACCCUCGAAAAUGCCUCCUGCAGCUGGCCCGCGGUCACGGAAAAAAGCUUUACUCUGCCCCUGACCUGAGGUCCGCCAACGUCUCCUUCAAAGCAGUGAGGCAGACUCUGGAACUCAGCCACCUCGAGGAAAUGCUAGUCGCACAAGCAAAGACUAAUUUCAAAUCUGCGCUUGGCAAGGUCAGCAGCAAGGAGCCCCUUACGGAUGAGCAGGCUGUUCUAGGGCUCGAGGGCGUGCUGCCAGACCUCGCAAUGGAUGCGGCAUCCUAUCGUGCAGUGGCCAUGCUGCUGCUGAGCCACAAGCACAAGAAGCCGGCCCUAGUAACUUGCAAAAAGGCCGUUGACAUAAGCGAGAAGCCCCUGGAUAAGGUGAAGAGUCUGGAGUUGAUGGCGAGAAUCCUCCUCAAGCAAGGUAAAGCCGAGAGAGCGCACAAGGAUAUCGUCAGCUGCGUUGAAGACCUAGACCACGAGACAAUUACCCCAUCACUCCGACGUUCGGUUUUCGCGACAAAAGCCCGAGCUGAGAUUGAACUGGACGACUAUGCUGCCGCGGCCGAGUCAUACCGGCAAUCAAGGACCAGUGACCCGACAAAUCUGACAUCCGCAUCGAUCUUGGACGAGGAAAUCACACUGUUCUCCGAGGAUGAUGAGGGCAAAAAGAAAUACAUGGACACAUUGAAGGAGUGGAGUCCUCUGGAACGACUGACUUGGAUGGCCUGGGAUUACGAGGAUAUGUCAGAUGACCGACACGCAGGACUCCGAGACGCAGCUUUCCAGAGCGGAGAGGCUGCAUUUGUUGGUCAGAUUUACGAGGACGCGAUCCAAUACCUGGAUAACGUGGGUGCUGCCGCUCCUCUGCGCUGCGAUCUUGCUUGCUUCCAUCUCGAGGUUUCCCAGGAUCUUGAAAAGGCACGAGCCGUCAUGGAUGAGGCUCUCGACAGCGGUUCGACAGGUUGGCCGUACGCGGUGACGGAAGAAUACCCCGGUACCACGCUCGAACGGGCGAUCGAGUUGCAGUCGGACAUCCUCAACCGCCUUUUCAUGAAGUCGAACGACCCAGUCGCCAAGACUGAGCUCCUCGAAGCCGUCAAGGGACUCCUCAUGCGGCCGCUUGCAUUGGAUGUGCCCCCAGAGUCGGACACGAAUCUCGUCCAGCGCCGUGUCAUCAUGGCGCGCAUGUAUCUCAAGAUGGGGCCGGCUACCGAGUUCCAGGCAACGCUGCAGGGUCUUAUCAACUCAUGUAUUGACGCACUUACUGAUUCGGUUGGCUGGAACGAUACGUACCAACUGAGAUACCUGGCAACGGCUGUGUCUAUCCUGGGAGAGGCGUUGCCGAAUGGAGAAAAGUUGUUGAGAAUAGCGCGGAUUCUCAUGUCGGCGCAGUUCAACCGCCUGGACCCUAACCUCAAACAUGAGGACAGUAGCGACAGCGGGUCAGAAUCUGAUGGGUCAUACUCGGGCAGCGAGUCGGACUGGGCUGGAAGCGGCUCGGAAGACGGGAGCUCCAGCUCCGAAGACGAAGAGCCGCCCACUGACGAGGGCGAUCUCGACGAGUCGUACAACGUGGAACUAUCGUGUGACGGAGUCUGCGUCCCAGUGAACUACUACGCCUGGUGGAAAGGACGCGUCGCGUACCAGUGCGUGACCUGCAACGACUUCCUAUGCGAGGCCUGCUACGAGGCCCGACAGGCAGACAACAGGGGAGAACAAUCCAUCAAGGGGAGACAGUUUUGUGGGCGGGAUCACACGUACAUCAAAGGUCCCAUCGAGGGUUGGCGUGGAGUCAAGGAUGGAAAGGUCAUGUUGGAAGGGGAAGAACCAGUUGAGUUUAAGGAGUUUCUCAGACACCUCCGUGAUGAACUUUGUAAAGAGGCAUGGGAGUCAUUCUGGAGUGGUUAGCUGAGGGACGAACAGUUGCUGUGACGGAUUUUGGAU